ACAAAGCUUCUUUUGGGGGAGAGAGAGCGGCUCUAAGAGAACGCCUGACCUGUAAUGGCCGUGUUUCCGACGACACCUGAAUCCGUCUUGGCAGCAGGCAGCUGAGUUGACAGGAGGUUGUCCUUGGCUAGCAGCUAAAGCUAAACCGAGCUGCACAAUGCAUACGCAAACCGGUUGUUUUUGGUCUGCAUGAGACGGGGGGGUUUUGGUGCUGUGACCGUGCCCGAGCCAGCCCCCAGGUAAGAGCUGAGGGUCGGGCCGAUGUCCUCCAGUCAGGGGGACGGAGGGGGUCCUUCUCACGCUCCCCCUAAAGGCAACACCCGGGACGUGUUUGACAACCCCAUUCAGAGCUCUGCAACAUGCUGCACACCUGAGGCACAGGUUUCUCCUGCUUUGGACGAGGUUUCUCCUUCCUCCACGUCCUCUUUUGAGAUGCUGGACAUGGAGUCGGUUCCACCUCCGUAUCAGGAGGUGCAGCCUCACUGGUUCUUCUGUCGUCGGGUAGAUGACAGCACCUCCUGGCAUCCCUUCAGCAGAGAGGACUCUGACAAACUAGAGAACGCUUCCAACAUGGUAAGAGACAAGGAGGAGGACGUGGUUGUUGCUGUGGAAGGGGAGCGCUAUGACGUACGUGUCAGGGAGAGGAAGCUCUAUGCUGUCUAUUGGGACCAAGCUCCCGCUGAGGUCCGCCGCUGCACCUGGUUCUACAAAGGAGAUAAGGACACGAGGUUCUUGCCUUACUCUGAGGAAUUCAGCAAAAGUCUGGAGGAAGCCUAUAUGAUAGCAGUGACCUUAGAUGAAUGGAAAAGGAAACUAGACUUUCCAACUGGAGAGACUGUCAUCUUGCACAACCCUAAGCUGAUAAUGCAUUAUCAGCCAAUAGGAAUGCAGGAUGAGUGGGUUUCCUCUCCGUCGGAGCAGACACGGCCUCGCACAGUCAAGAGGGGAGUCGAGAACAUUUCUGUAGAAAUACCUGAGGGUGAACCGGAGAAGGUGGAUCACCUGGUCUUUAUGGUGCACGGCAUCGGUCCCGCCUGCGAUCUACGCUUUAGGUCCAUCAUACAGUGUGUAAAUGACUUCAGGAGCGUUUCGCUGUCCCUCCUGGCCUCCCACUACAAGCGCUCUCAGCAGGAUGGCCACGUGGGCCGAGUUGAAUUCCUUCCUGUCAACUGGCACAGCGCUCUGCACGGGGACGCCACUGGGGUGGACGAGGACAUUCAGAGAAUCACUCUACCCAGCAUCAGCCGCCUCAGGCAUUUCACCAACGACACUCUGCUGGACUUAUUUUUCUACAACAGCCCCACCUACUGCCAGACGAUAGUGGACACAGUGGCGUCAGAAAUUAACCGGCUGCACGCCCUCUUUAAGCAGAGACACCCAGAGUUUGACGGAGCAGUUUCAGUUGUGGGACACAGCUUGGGUUCUCUGAUCCUGUUCGACCUGCUGACCAAUCAGAGGAAUGGAUCCAAAGCAAGAGAAGGAGUACCUUCAGGAGAACCGUCUUCCCUGAACAGCGACACGCUGGAGCAGACGCUCGCUAAGCUGGGUCUCCAGCAGUACCUGGGAACUCUGCGGGCGGAAAAUGUGGACAUGGAGUCACUGGCUCUCUGCCAAGACAGUGAUCUUAGGGAUUUGGGAAUUCCUCUCGGACCUCGGAAGAAGAUUUUAAACUACAUCAAGAAGAAGUGGCUUCGAGAGGACUGUAAGACAGCAGCAGGGCUCCUGACCCUGGAGUCUGUUCCUCCUCAUGUGAGCAGUGAUGGUAACCAGUCGUCAGGACUGCCGGAGCAGCAACCCCUCUUCCACAGAGAGCCUUCUAUCACCAGUGCUGUGGACUAUGAAUACUUCGACGUCGGGAUUGGACAGUCCAAUGGAGGCAUAGCCAAGGGACAGGUGUCUAUCGAUUACCCUCAGCUGGCGUUUUACCCUCAGACCUUCUUUGCUUUUGGUUCUCCGAUCGGCAUGUUCCUGACUGUGCGAGGACUGAAACGCAUCGAUCCAAACUACUCGUUCCCAACCUGCAAGAGCUUUUACAACGUCUACCAUCCGUAUGACCCCGUCGCCUAUCGGAUCGAGCCCAUGAUUGUUUCGGACGUGGAUCUGGAGCCGAUGCUUAUACCUCACCACAAAGGCCGAAAGAGGAUGCACCUCGAGCUGAAAGACAGCUUAACCCGAAUGAGUAUGGAUUUGAAGAACAACGUUUUGGGAUCAUUACGGACAGCUUGGCAGUCUUUUACCAGACUACCAGCUGCUGCACUGCCCCCGGUGGAGGAAGGGGAAACUACAAAUGACACGACCCCCCAGGACGAUCAAGUCUCAGCAGACACUGCUGAUGCUAGGAGAGAAGACAAAUAUACAGGUUUUUGGAGUAAAAUGCUAGAGUGGCCAAUGGCCCUUCACAAGCAUUACCUAAAAGGUAAGCCAGGACAGAGCUAAUGCCUGAAUAUAGUAAGACAAUUCAUCUAACUUCUGUUUUCCCACUUUGAUCGUAGAGUGAUGAUUCAGCUUACACUCAGAUUUAUAUCGGUGAACCCAUAAAGGUUUUGUGACAGCUUUAUGAGUUUCUGUAAACUGUCUUCUAGUUUCUUACAUCUGUAUUUGAAAAGCUAUAAUAAAAAAAAUAAAUAAAGCUUUAUUCUAUUAUACACUCAAAAAACAAACAAACAAAUGAACCCCUAUUGCUGUGGCUUUUACCUGAUAGACAUGUUGUGGAAAAGCUUAAUAGGAAAAAUAUCUGUUCAGCUACAGUGGUUUACCUUGGCACAUUUUCAGAGAGCGAGUCUUGCGUAAUGAUUCCCAUUGUCACCCGAGGCUCUCGCUGCUCGUGUGCUUCUGCUCUCCUCAUAUCCCGUGAUUUUACCACCUGCUGAGCAACUUGUCAUUUUAACUGAAAGAUUUAAUUUACUGAAAACUCCCUCAGGCCCAUUCUUGCCUUUUUCCACCUGUACAUUUCUCAAUGGCAGAGUUCACGCACAGCUUCACACUGAUCAUCAACAUCAUAAACCAUUGGAGUAUCUGCCCUAAAGCACAUUUUUAGACGAGCGCUGUGACUUUUAUUUUUUUUAAGUAAUUAAAUAGCUGUAAGUGAGACUUGACAUAAUCUGCCUUUUUUUUGUCAAAUCACUUUUUCUCUAUGUUGGUGCGUAUUUAGUCAUGUUAAUAAGGACAAUGUGUCAGUUCAUUGCAUGGCUUCUAAGUUGUGAGGAAAUAGUCUUUUUUUUCCCCUUUCCCUUUCUCAUUGUUCCUAGAAAUAAAGUCACAGCUUUUCAUUCAUAUGUUAUAUGAUAGACCUGGAAGUUGAAAGUAGGAUUUCACCUGUUAAUGCUACUUGCAUAGUUGGAUUGUCAGAAAUAGCUGGGAGAAGUGUGAGGAUGCUAGCAGUCGGCACCAUUUAAGGAUGAUAAAUAGGUUGAAUUGAAUUGAGAAAAGCAGAUUCAACCUCAAUAAUGACUUUGCUACAUGAUACUUCUCUUUAUUGAAGUACAUUCAGGCUUUAGGUCCACUUGGCUCGUCAAGAUGAUCAAAAUAUUUUUUAAUUCAUCAGCCUUUCCAUAUAAUCUCUCUGCAUUUUUCUUUUCUGUUGUUAGAGUCUCUUACAGAACGGAUGCUGCCCGAGUUUCAGUUCAAAAUCAUUGUCUUAGGUUUAAUUAGGCGAAAACAUUUUAUUUAGUGACUGUGCUGUUUGCUAUGUCCUCUUCUGGACGUCAUAAUACUUUAGGAGUGAUUCUAACUGAUCUUUGUGGCUGUUCAGUGAACCGCUGAAAACUACUCUUUGCUGCAACAAUUGUUAAACAAUGUUCUUAGAUAUUUUAGGUUAAAACUGGGCAUAAUUUGAUUUAAACGAUUAAUUCCAAUUUACAAUUUUUUUUACAAGAUUUAAUUUUUGGAAAAUGGGGAUUUAUUUUGCCAAUGCACACACUUGGCUUUCAUGAAGAGAAUAGCAUGCAAUGCUGAAUAUAUGGUUAGGAAAACUAUUAUAUUUGUUUCACCAUAAUAUGAGGCACUUUAACUUACUCAUUUACUUAUUUCUUUACACAAGGGAAGUG